UUGUAUUGAUGGCUGAUGCACAGCGUACAGACCAACAGCACACGCCGCAAUCGUGCAUCCCGACGUGGGAUACCGAUGACCCGCUCCAACAGCAGGUCUCGGCUCUUCUCAAGCGUCUCCCACGCGACAUCUGCGGCGUCAUAGCCCUAGGCGACGACGGCGUCCUGCGCAGCCUGACUGCAGACCGCAAGGUCCUUGCAGCCGAAGGCUUGACUCCGGAGCUCACAGCAGCCUUCCUAAGCCGCUUCCCGCCAGACUACCGAAGCAAAGUCACGGUGCUGGCUACCGCUGAUGGCACAAGGGUUCCCAGGGAAAAGUGGUUUGCGCCCGCUGCGGGCAUCUUGCCUGCGCCUUUGCCGCGGGAGCGUGUCGAUGAGAUGAGAAGCUAUAGUGAGGAGAGGAAAGCUGUGUUGAGGAAAUAUAUCGCGGACAAUGAGAAUGCCGUGGAUGUAGAUGCGGUGCUUGAUUGAUAGCUGGGUGUUUGCAUAAAUUCGAGAGUGAUGAUAAUGUAUAGGCCAUAGUGAUGGAGAAUGCCAUAAUGCGUGGUGUGGGUGCUCGAUGGCACCAAAUCUUACGCUCCUGUAGCUCAAAC